AACUUUCCUCAUGCCUCAUCCAUUUUUUUGGACCUCUCUUCUUCUAAUUCUUGCCCUCCCAGAACGAUCAACGAUUUCAUUUUCUGCAACACAAAUAAAUAAAUAAUAAUAAUAAUAAUUACAAUUCCUCAAUUUCCUGGAAACGACGCAAAAUGACAAAGAGAGUCAGAGAGUCAGAGAGUCAAAAAAAUAUAAGAGUCAAAACACUGCCUUCAAAAAACCGAGUAAUUCCCUUCAUCAAAAACCUUCAAAACCCCUGAACCGGAUAAAGAGAGAGAGAGAGAGAGAGAGAGAGAGAGAGAGAGAGUUUUUUUUUAAUUCAUCCAUGGCGAUGAAGAAGCUUUACAAGAAGAAAGGCCAAGUACACCCAUCUCUUCCCUCGAUCGCCGACUAUCUGGGUUUGCUUCCGGUGGCGAUUUCCACACUCACGGCGAGCCUUUCGCCAGAAGACAAAGAAGUUUUGGCCUAUCUUAUCUCCUGCUCCGGCAACUUUUCCGGCAACAAGAAAGAUAUCGAAAAAGGUAGACGUGGUGGUGAUAGUAGUGGGAAAGAUGAUCAUCUUCCGGUGUUUGAUUGCGACUGUUUUAGAUGCUAUAUGAGCUUCUGGGCAAGAUGGGAUGCUUCAGCGAAUCGCUAUCUAAUCCAUGAGAUUAUAGAGGCUUAUGAAGAUGAUUUGGUUAGGAAGAAGAUGAGGAAUUCCAAGGGGAAGAAAGGGAGAAGGAAGAAAUUGUUCUUGUCAGAUCUGGAGGAAGGAGAAGAAGAAGCUAAUUUGGAUAUGGGCUCUGGGAAAGGGUUAGAGAAGGAAGAGAAAGUUGCAGAAAUGGUGGGUUUAGAAGCUGGUGAUGGUGAUGGUGAAGGUGAUGGUGAUGAUGGUGAAGUUGGGAUUGAGAAGGGUUCCUCUAUGAGGAGGUUUGUGAAUUUUCUUGGGGAGAGGUUUUGGGGUGUUUGGAAUAUGGGUUAGUUUUUCUUUUUCUUUUUUUUAGGGGUUUAGAAUUAGACUCCUCUCCUUUGCUUUGUAGUUUGUACAUGAAAAAAUCUCAAACUUCUCUUUGAGUUAGAAUUUUUGGGCAAUUUUUAAUUUAGGUAUGGAUUGGGUUUUUUUUUUUUUGUUUUUUCGCUCUAAUGGAGUAUGUGAUAUAUAAAGUCAGAAAUAAAUAUGUACUGAAGAUUGUUUAUAAUUUUGCAAUGCAAAUUCAUGAUUUAGAUUUUGAA